AUGCUUCUUCUAGACUACCAGAACGUGCUGAUUCAGUCGGUCCUGACUGAGAGGUUCUCGGGUGCCCCCCCCGCCUCCAUCGACCAGACGGUCAGCGACUUCGACGGCGUUACUUUCCAUAUCUCGACCCCCGAGACCAAGACCCAAAUUCUUCUUUCGAUCCAAAUAAGAUGCUUCCCGGACCUCGUCAAGUACGGAGCUGAGCAGGUUCUCCAGCGAGAGUAUGGCGACUACGUGGCACCGGUUGAGCCGGGCUUCGACUUCUCCGUCCUGGUGGACCUGGAGAACCUCCCAGAGUCAAAGGAGGAACGUGAUGCGCUGGCCCUCAAGUUCGCUCUCCUGAAGCGCAAUGCCAUGGCUGCGCCGUUCGAGCAGGCCUACCAGGAGCACUACGCCCUGAAGGAGGAGGCAUCCAAGUUCACAUCCGAGGAGGCUCCCCAGGGCGUGCGGGAGGGAGGCGAGGUUAAGGCGAUCCACUACCGAGAGGAGGAGGCCAUCUACGUCAAGGCCAGCCACGACCGAGUCACCGUCAUCUUUAGCACCGUGUUCCGCGAGGAGACAGACCGAGUGUUUGGCAAGGUGUUUAUCCAAGAAUUCGUCGACGCGCGACGAAGAGCAAUUCAAAACGCCCCUCAGGUUCUCUUCAGGAACGACGCCCCUCUCGAGCUGCAGGGCGUUCCUGGAAUUCAGAACACCGACUCUGGAGACAUUGGAUAUGUCACCUUUGUUCUCUUCCCCCGACAUCUCACACCUCAGCGCAUGGGCGAUGUUAUUUCCCAUAUCCAGACCUUCCGUGACUACUUCCAUUACCAUAUCAAGGCCUCGAAAGCAUACAUUCACUCCCGUAUGCGAAAGCGAACUGCCGACUUCCUCCAAGUGCUGCGCCGCGCCAGACCCGAGAAUGAGGAGAAGGAAAGAAAGACGGCAAGUGGCAGGACCUUCAAGGUGCAAGGAAACUAA